AAAUUCAUACUGCUAAUGAGCUGCGAAGGCCCAAAGCACUCGGCAUGUGCCGGGCCCCGUUGCGGAAACAUAAUGCUUGUUAAAGCGUUGAUCUUUGGCCACAUGCCUGGGCUGGUUCUGUCCUCUGCCCAUGGGGAGUGCCUGGGGCCCUUCAUCCUCAGGCUGGGCGCUGGUGCCUCCAGGUGGGCGGAUGGCUGCGGCCCAGUGUGGCCACGACCCCCAGGGACAGCAGAUUGGUCUGAAAAGGCAGGCCCUGCCCCCUGUUGCUGGGUUGGGGUGCGAUCGUUUCUAUCCCUUCUGCUGGCAUGGAUUAUCUUCAAAGCAGCUUUUGCUUUGGUUUCUGAAGAUACAAAGAAAGAGGUCAAGCAAUCUAAGAAUUUGGAGAAAGGUGGUAUCUCAAGGAAGAGUGACGUAGAUUUAAAAGGAAUUGUAUUUGUCAUCCAGAGUCAAAGUAAUUCUUUUCAUGCAAAGAGAGCAGAACAGUUAAAACAAAGCAUCUUAAAGCAAGCGGCAAAUCUUACACAGGAACUCCCAAGAGUCCUCCUUCUUCAUCAGAUGUCUAAGCAGGAGGGUGCAUGGACCAUACUUCCAUUGUUACCACACUUUUCUGUAACGUAUAGCAGAAAUUCAUCAUGGAUUUUCUUCUGUGAAGAAGAGACAAGAAUACAAAUUCCAGAACUCUUAGAAACACUCAGAAGAUAUGACCCAUCCAAGGAAUGGUUUUUAGGAAAAGCAUUACAUGAUGAAGAAUCUACAAUAAUUCACCAUUAUGCCUUUUCUGAAAAUCCUACCGUUUUUAAAUAUCCAGACUUCGCUGCUGGCUGGGCUCUUAGUGUUCCACUUGUAAACAAGCUUACCAAGAGAUUAAGGAGUGAAUCCCUGAAAUCCGACUUCACAAUAGAUUUAAAACAUGAGAUUGCCCUCUACAUCUGGGACAAAGGGGAUGGGCGUCCCCUUACUUCGGUGCCCGAGUUUUGUACAGAUGCUGUGAAUGCCUACUGUGCUACCACGUUCCAUUCUUUCCUACCACUUUGCGGACAUCCAGUGAAGAAAGAGGAUAUAUUUUUCGCAGUAAAAACAUGCAAGAAAUUUCAUGGUGAUAGAAUCCCCAUUGUAAAGCAGACCUGGGCAGGACAGGCAAGUCUCAUUGAAUACUACAGUGAUCACGCAGAAAGUUCUAUUCCUACAGUAGAUCUGGGGAUUCCUAAUACAGAUAGAGGUCAUUGUGGAAAGACAUUUGCCAUUUUGGAAAGAUUUUUGAAUCACAGCCAUGACAAAAUAGCAUGGUUAGUCAUUGUGGAUGAUGACACGUUAAUAAGCAUCUCCAGGCUCCAGCACUUGCUUAGCUGUUACGACUCCAGCGAACCGCUAUUUCUGGGAGAGCGUUACGGCUACGGCCUGGGCACUGGAGGCUACAGCUACGUCACGGGAGGAGGAGGAUUAAUGGUCUCCAGGAGCUGCUCUAACCCCUUUCUCUGUCUGCUCUGGCUUCCCACUAGAAUGGUCUUCAGCAGAGAAGCAAUCAGGAGACUUCUCGCCAGUAAGUGUCGCUGCUACAGCAAUGAUGCCCCCGAUGAUAUGGUCCUGGGAAUGUGCUUUAGUGGGUUGGGAAUCCCUGUGACACACAGCCCUCUCUUCCAUCAGGCCCGGCCCGUGGAUUAUCCUAGGGACUACCUUUCUCACCAAAUUCCCAUAUCUUUUCAUAAACACUGGAACAUCGAUCCGGUAAAGGUAUAUUUCACGUGGUUGGCACCCGGUGAGGAAGACAAAGCCAGGCAGGAGACACAGAAAGGCUUUAAGGAAGAGUUGUAAAGCGUGCUGGCCUAUGAGCACAGUUUGGUUACGAGACCGGAGUGGAGGCUGGUGUCGUCCUGCAAGCUCUGACCACAUUGCUUCCAUGUGCCACAUGGCAUUGGGAGACUCUGACUUUAGGUGGAAAUUAUGUAUAUGGUAUUUUUUGAAGGGGGGGGGGAGAAACAGAGUCGUAGGGGAAACAGAUUUUUUUUUUUUCUGGGAAAAAUCACUUGCUUUUUGCAUUAUGCGGUUAUUGUAAUAUACAGUGAUUACUGUGUAUUUUUCAAGCUGUGAUACAGCAGCUUUAUUACUGUCACAGAAAAAUAAAUGGUACCAGAAGUCU